AUGAUUUCCGACGAUAUCGAAGCAACGGCGGCCACCGAGUACGACCCCAUCCAAAGCAGUAGCGAUGUUGAGCUUUCCAACUACAUAGAGAAGCUGCGCCUUGCCCAAGAUGAAAGCCCACAUGUCAUUGAAGUUUCGGGAAAAUAUGUCACCAAGUCGUACCGAGAAGAAGAAAUCCACGACACCAAGCAGGCUAUUGACUGCGCUGACUCUCUCGGCCAGGCUCACUGGGUACCGGAAUUUGUCGCUCAUUUUUGGAUCGAGGACCGUUACAGGUUGCCCAUCAGCCCGAGUGCCAGGGUAAUCGCCUGUGUUGUGAACUUCUGGUUCAAUCACAAAUCUUUCCGGCAGGAGGCCAGAAAGAAACCCGAAGACCAUGCUGCCUCUGUUGCUCAGCCCAUCGAAACCCAGGGUCUAGUGUUCACUCACCAUGACCUCGCGCCUCGCAACCUGAUCCUCGAUACCACAGGGUCACUCUGGCUUGUUGACUGGGACUACGCAGGCUGGUAUCCACCAUAUUUUGAAUACGCUUCCAUGCACAACUUCAUCCCGCCAGACACAUGGGGCCGAUUUGCCAAAUUUCGAUGGACGCUAUUCGCUUGGAUAGCGACGGGAUGGUUUGAAAAGGAACGAAAAAUCUUAGUCACCGCCCAGAGAAAGGCCAUUCGAUUCCCUGCUGCGCGAAGAUUCAAUAUUAAAGCGGGGGCGACUCCGUCGCUCCGAACGCCGGAUGAUUGA